UGCUGUCAUCCUGUCAGAGUUACUUGGACGCACUCGUGUCAUUUAUUAAUCGCAUAGCCAGCGCUUGACAAUUCAGGAGAAUAGAGUUGAUUGAGGAAGUGUGCGAGAGGAGGCAGGAGACAGAGACCCGUUUACAGCAGCGGAAUGGAAGCGUGGGAAUCCAAAGAGUGGAAGGUUACACGUUCUCCCCGCAUCAUCCCUAAUAUGCCACCGAUGUACCCGAUUUUCGUGAUUGACUUGUGGAAUUUAAGAAAUAUCAUCUCGUCUCUUUAAAUACAAGGGUUAAAAAUGCGACUGAUUUACCUUUGACGAAAAAACAUGGUGAUAACCCGUUGGAUGAAUUGUACUUUAACGAUACACUAUAUGAAACAAAACCAAAUUUGGAUGAGCCCGAGAUGUUGGAAUGGACAUUUGCUUAUUUUAUUCUCUUUGUCACAUGGACACAUGCGCAGCCCGAAACCACCGAGGCUGUGAGGUGUUUGGUGAAUUUAACACAAGUGCGCGCAGAAACGGAUUAUGCCCAAGUGAACUUUUUGACACCUGGCGAAUUGUGCAACUUCUUUGUGGUUAAUCGAGCGAGGGAUUCUCAUAUGACGAACUGUACUCAAAAGGGAAAAUACACCAACAGUUUUACCUGCACAAUAACGGAUCUGACACCGGGAACCUUAUAUCAUCUGGCGAUAAUUUCGAAUACUGAUGGGGAACGAAUCAACAUAUCACUGCAAACAGAAGUGGAGAAGCCUGCAGGACUUGUGGUUAAGCCAGAUGAGGCUGGUUCUCCUGGGCUGCGGGUGAUGUGGGCUCGUUCUCGUGGGCGUGUGGACUGGUAUGAGCUCACCCUGAGGGACAAUGUGACUGGCAACACCCAGAGUACACGGGUCAUGGGCACCGCUGCCCCCUACUCAGGCUUCACUGCCCUUACCCCUGGCACCCUCUAUGACCUACGUCUAGUGGCUGUUGCUGGCAACAAAACCUCGAGAGCUGUCCUAGACUCUGUGGCUUUAGCUCCAUCUGCUGUAGUUGGCCUACAGCUCUCUGCCUCCUCCACCACCCUGCAGCUUUCCUGGCAGCCAGGCCCAGGGAGGGUAGAGCGUUUUUGGGUGAUGCUGAGUGACCAGAGAGCCCACAUUCAAAACAUCACCCUAGAAAGUAAUGUCACAUCCCACACCAUCUAUAGCAUGAUCCCAGGAACUUUGUACAAAGCUGUGGUCAUAACUGAGGCUGGAGGGAAACAAACACAAGUCUCUAAAGAAGUUUGGACAGAACCUGCCCCUGUGUCAGAGCUGAGUCUGCAGAACAAUGGUAGUCAGGAUACACUGAGGGCCACCUGGACUGCUGCCAUGGGGGGUGUUGAUGCCUACCUUGUGUCCGUGUCUUCUCCUAGGCACACCUUCACCCUCUCCUCCAAUGCCUCUGAUUUUCUCUUCAGUGGACUGACACCUGGUCGGUCCUAUCAAGUGUCAGUCAAGACCAAGAGUGGCGGGCUUAUCACAGAAAGGAAAGCUACAGGCAGGACAGUGCCAGGAAAGGUGAGCCAGUUGAAGCUGGUGGGGUUAAAUGAUCAGAGGAGUUUGAGGAUGUCGUGGAAUCCUCCUAAGGGUGAAUGGAAUUCCUAUCGUGUCCUGUUGUUCAACGGCUCCUCCGCGCUAGUAAACAGCACAGUGAGCCGGAUAGUGCGGUAUCACACCUUCAGUAACCUGGGCCUUGUCCCUGGAAGGCUGUAUACGGCAGCUGUGACCGUGGAGAGCGGUUCACUCCACAACACGGAAUACUGCCAGGCACGAUUAGCUCCACGGCCCGUCCAGCAGCUGCACAUCCGUCACAGUGAUGAGACGUCCCUGAGUGCCCUGUGGAGCCAUCCGUUUGGAGAGUGGGAUGGCUACACGGUGGUCCUGAAGGACGGAGACAAAGUCGUGGCCACGAGAACACCAGUCAGGGACAUGAGAGAAUGUACUUUCAACGUUCUUACGCCAGGUCACCGAUACACUAUCGUCGUGACAACCAACAGUGGGGAGCUGAACAGCUCCAUCUCAGUCACAGGACACACCAUGCCAGCACAGGUUACCAAGCUACAGGUGAAUAACCAAGGCCGCACAGACAGCCUGUUGACCAGCUGGGAGGGAGCGCCAGGGGACGUCGACUCCUACAGGGUGCUCCUCAUCCACGAUAGCAUCGUCAUCAAGAACGAGAGUGUGUCGACAGACACGUCUUCCUAUUACUUCCAGGCCCUGAAGCCUGGCGCCCUUUACAGGGUUGUGGUCACCACUGUUAGUAGUGGCCAGUCGUCCAGACAAACUGUGGCUGAAGGGCGCACAGUGCCUGCUGCUGUUAGGGAGGUGACAGUCAGUAACAAUGGCCGUAUGGAUUUCCUCAGUGUUUCUUGGCGACCAGCUGAAGGCGAUGUUGACAGUUACUCAGUGGCCUUGCGUGACCAUGAGAAAACUGUCCACACUCUGACCGUGUCCAAGUCCAGCCCCGAGUGUGUCUUUAAGUCUUUGGUGUCUGGGCGCCUUUACAACAUCUCCAUUACGUCCCGCAGCGGAGACUACGAGAACCACACUGUGGUUCAGGAGCGUACACAACCCUCCACUGUGCAGAACCCGACAGCGAUCCACUCUGCACGAGACGACUACCUGAAAGUGUACUGGCAACAUGCAGCAGGAGAUUUUGACUAUUAUCAGGUGGCCAUCAAACACAACAACAUCUUCCACCAGAACCAGACUGUGCCUAAGCAUCAGAACGAGUGUGUGUUUAACGGACUGGUGCCAGGUCGUCUCUACACUGUCAUCGUCAGCACCUGGAGCGGAAAGUACGAGUCCAGCGUGAGCACUCAUGGGAGAACAUUCCCAGCAGGAGUGAGGUCACUCUCUCUGGCAAGCAGGGGCACAGAGGAGCUGCGGGUGACCUGGUCUCCUGUUCUAGGAGACGUGGAUCACUAUGAGGUGCAGCUCCUUUUUAAUGAUAUGAAAGUGUUCCCUCCCAUCUCCUUGAGCAGCACUACAGGAGAGUACGUCCUCUCCUCUCUCACGCCUGGACGUCUUUACAAGAUUGUUGUUUCCACCUUCAGUGGGCCCAACCUCAGGACAGAGUUCAUUGAAGGAAGGACAGUGCCCAGCAAAGUAAAGAAUAUCCAUGUCAGCAAUGAGGGACAGAGCACAAGCCUGAAGAUCAACUGGACUCCCGGACAGGGGGAUGUGGACGGUUACUCAGUGUCCUUGUCUCGAAUGGGUCGAGUUCUUGACACCAGACAGGUCCCUAAGCACGUCAGUGAGUUGAGUUUCCAGGACCUGCAGCCCGGUCAGGAGUACAACAUUACCGUCCAGUCAAUCAGUGGCUCUCUGGACAACAACAGCACGGCCACAGGCAGGACAGUUCCCUCCUCGGUGACUGCUCUACAUGCUGAUAACAAACACAGCACCUGCAGUUUGGAGGUGAGCUGGCAGAGUGGUCGUGGUAUAUAUGACGGCUACAGCCUCCUGCUGCAGGACGACAGAGGUGCACUGGUCACCAACACCACCCAGCCCGCUGACUCCACCCAACACCGCUUUAACCAGCUCAUCCCAGGGAAGAAGUACCGUGUUCUGGUCCAGACUGUCAGUGGAGGGGUCCUCAGUGAACCAGCUGCCACUGAGGGGAGAACAUGUCCAGCCACUGUGAAUGAUUUAUCUGUCAAGAGCAAUAGCACCACCAGUCUGUCUUUCCGCUGGGCGCCACCAGAGGGCGAAUUUGAUAGUUAUGAGAUCUUCCUUUACAAAGCUGAUGAAACUCUGCACGACCGCAAAAACGGGGAGGCAAGCAUGCGGGAAUCCUCCUUCCAAAACUUGCGGCCCGGUGCCGCCUACAAGAUGGUAGUUCUGACCCGCAGUGGUGAACAAACCAAUGACUCAUCUAUUUGGGCCAGGACUGUCCCAGCUGCAGUGACUUCCUUGCAGGCUAAGAGCAGGAACAGGACUAACAGUCUGUGGGUCAGCUGGGAGUGGGCGGUAGGUGAGGUUAGCAGCUAUUCCCUGGCACUUUACAAUCCAGAUGACUCCCCACAGGCAGAGCAGACGCUGGGGCCAGAGAGCAGAGAACAUACCUUCCAGGAUUUGGUGCCAGGGCGCAUUUACAAUGUCAAAAUCCUCACCCGCAGUGGAGAUCUGACCAACCUGGCAACCACAAAAGGCCGGACCGACCCCCUGGCACCAGCAUCGCUCUCCUUUGGUGGCGUCACCAACACAUCUCUGGAGAUCACCUGGAGUGGGCCCGCUGGCACUGACUAUGAUGACUUUGACCUGCAGUGGGUCCCAAAUGACCAAUUGUCAGUGUUUAACCCCUAUCACACUCGUACGUCUGGCAGCCGCCUCCUCAAUGGCAUGUACCCAGGUCGACUCUACAACUUCAGUCUGCGUACUGUCAGUGGAACUGGAGGAGAACACACGACCUACAGUCUACCCAUCUACAAAAGCAUCAGGACAAAGCCUCAGCGUAUCCAGAGUCUACACUGUCGGCCACAGAGCUCCACAGCCAUCUCCUGCUCGUGGAGCACCCCGGAGGCUGACUUUGACUCCUACACCAUCGAGUGCUACAGGCAAGACUCUCGCACACUGGUGUACUCACGACGCACGGGUCGGGAGAGCACCGUGUAUCACAUCACCCAGCUGGAGCCUCACAAGCGAUACACUGUGUCAGUCAAGGUUAUCUCCGACAGCAUGACCAGUGAGGCUGUGAAGGAGAGCGUCAUCACCAUGAUCGAUCGACCCCCUAUUCCUUCCCUUACUACUCGAGUCAAUGACAAAGCAGCUAAAAUCACCAAAUCCACAAUUUCCUUCAAAUUUAACUGCAGCUGGUUCAGCGACAUCAACGGAGCAGUGAAAUUCUUCACCGUCGUAGUGACUGAGUCUGACGACAAGGAAAACCUGCAGCCCCUACAGAAUCACCCACUGCCCUCUUACAUGGACUACAAGUCCAACAGUUCUGUGAAAGUCUACCAGACCAGCUACCUCCCCAGUAACUGUCUGGAGGGUCCUGAUAACAGCAUGCAGAGCUUUGAUAUCAACCUGGGCUCCGGGAUGGACAGCUUGGGAGGAAAAUGUCCCGAUCAGAAAACAGUCAAGGACCUGACCCAGGAUCAGACCGUCUUCUGUGAUGGACCACUGAAACCUAAGACUGCAUACAGGCUUAGUGUACGUGCUUUCACUCAGCUCUACGAUGAGGAACAGGGGGAGGUUUCUGCCCCGCUGUAUACGGACACAUUCCUGUCCCUCCCUCUGGUGACUGAAGCAGAGCCUCUCAGUGGGGUCAUUGAGGGGGUCAGCGCUGGCCUGUUCCUGAUCGUCACCAUGGUGGGCGUGGCCGUGUUGCUCAUUUGCAGACAGAAAGCCCGCAAAGUUGUUCAGGAGCCAGUGGUCAGGAUGAACGUGAGGAGGGAGAGACCUACGUCAGCCACUCACAUGGGUGUCAGAGGCAAUCGUCGCAUUUCAAGCCCCAUCAAAAUUGUGCAGUUUGAAGCUCACCUCACCAAACUACAAGCAGACUCUAACUACCUUCUCUCUGAAGAGUUUGAGGACUUGAAGGACGUGGGUCGGAACCAGCCACUGGACACAGCCCUACUGCCUGAGAACAGAGGGAAGAACCGUUACAACAACAUACUACCGUAUGACUCAACAAGAGUGAAGUUGUCUUACGUGGACGAUGACCCUUGUUCUGACUAUAUCAAUGCCAGCUACAUUCCUGGUAACAACUUCAGGCGUGAGUACAUUGCCACUCAGGGUCCCUUACCCGGCACCAAAGAUGACUUCUGGAAAAUGGUUUGGGAGCAGAACGUCCACAAUAUUGUCAUGGUGACACAGUGUGUGGAGAAAGGGAGGGUGAAAUGUGACCACUACUGGCCGUUUGACCAGGAUCCUCUGUAUUACGGAGACCUCAUUGUGCAGAUGCAGUCAGAGUCUGUACUCCCAGAAUGGACGAUCCGAGAAUUCAAGAUCUGUAGCGAGGACCAGCUGGGCUAUUCCAGAGUGGUGCGUCAGUUCCACUACACGGUCUGGCCAGACCACGGUGUGCCGGAGACCACGCAGUCUCUCAUCCAGUUUGUAAGGACCGUCAGGGAUUACAUCAACAGAACCCCAGGCUCAGGGGCCACUGUAGUGCACUGCAGUGCUGGAGUGGGGCGCACUGGAACCUUCAUUGCUUUGGACCGGGUUCUGCAGCAGCUGGACACUAAAGACACAGUGGACAUCUAUGGCGCUGUCUUUGACCUGAGGCUCCACCGCUCUCACAUGGUGCAGACGGAGUGCCAGUAUGCUUACCUCCACCAGUGUGUGCGGGAUGUGCUUCGAGCGAGGAAGCUGCGGACUGAACAGGAGAAUCCGUUAUAUCCCGUCUACGAGAACGUCAGCCCUGACUACCACCGCGGGUAAAACGCACACAGCAUGGAUUCAGUAGCAAAGCUCAUAUUCGGAAAAACACAGAAUGAACAGCUUUAAAAAUGCAGUAUUAAUCAGGCAAUCAUCAGACCACAUGCACAACUGGCCUCUGUGCUUUCUGGACAUGUUUGUUUUGAGCUAACAUUUCCAGACAUAUAGAAAAUAGAUAUAUGUCUACCCAGUUCCGUUUUAUUUCACAAAAACAGACAACAGAGACAUAUAGAAAGGUGGUAUGUGUUUCUUCCGCUGUCUUGAAUGUAUAUUCUAAAUAUUUCAUUUCAUGUUUUAAUUUCCUGUUUUGAGGCAUAGAUAUGGUGGAACACCAGACACAUAUGAUUGUAUGACCUGAAAGAACAAGAUAUCAUUUUUAUCCUGUUAAUAUUUCUGCAUGUAAAGCACAAAAUGAGUUACACAGAUAUUCUAUUUUUAUAUUGCUUUUGAGAAGUAUUUCUAAGGCAUUAUUUCAAGGCAAUAUACAAGUAUUUAAGUGUAAUAAUAAAGGUUUGUAUAUACUUGCAUACUAUAAUGAUGUAUUUAUGUCCAGAAAACUUUGCUUUUGUUUGAUUAUCUGUAAGAAAGCGAUUGUGCAUUGUUAUGAAGGGUUUGAGUUUAUAAUGACAGAAAUCAUGAAAUAAGACUCUCAAAGAAUUUUCAAGUGUUCUGAUGUAGCAAUGAACAAUGUGGAUAAAUUACCUUUUCAAUAUGUAUGAAUGUAUGAACCACUGAAUUCGAUUUUUUUUUUUGCUUUUUUUAGUUUUAAAUAUGAAAAGACUUGUCUGUCACAAGGCUUCUACAUCAAGUAGAGGAUCAAUGUUUUUAUUGCGAUAAAAGAUCAUUAUUAUUUAUGCCUGAAAGUGUUCAGGAAAAGAAAAAUUUAAAUACCGCAACCUGAGGCAUACGUCUUUUAAAACAUAAAUUUGUGGAUUAACAAGUCUUACCAGGUGCUGUAAAAUGUUUGUCUUCUGUACGAGUGUUUUAUUGUUGACUAAUGUAUUGUGUGUCAUUUUUCAUAAAGACGUUAUGUUCACUGCUUAUGCUUUACAUGUAAUUUCUCACUUUACUCAUCUUGCUUUUGCAAAGCAGUGAGUUGCACUUAGCCUAUGUCCUGUUAACAAUAACCUUUUAUGUGGUAUAUGAAAAUUACGGACAAAUAAUGAUUUAUUACACUACCAUUACUUAAUUAUACAUUAGCAAUGACAUGGAAAUAUUACUAAAUAUUACUAAAUAAAAACAAUAUUAGGAUAAGUGAUUGGAGAGCAUAUGCUAGUGGGUGUUUUUAAAUUAGACUCUGCUGAAGGUAAUAAAAUUCUUGACACAAAAAAAGUUGAGAAUGAAAGCAAAUAAAAAAUUACGAUAAAAUCUCUCCCCAGUUAUGAAUUGCUUACAUCUAAACUCCAUUUACAUUUCGUUUGGAUAAUGUUUUUGUGUGUGUUGCUACCCAACAAAAUGAGCAACGUGGUUAGCAUGUCAUGUUGCUUAAAGGAAAUACAUAACUGUAUUUUGUACAGGAUGUUAUUGUAACACAGGAUGGUAACACACAGUACAGGAUGUUAUUGUAAACAGUUUUUUUUUUUUUUGCCCAUGUAUACGUAAUAGCAAAACAGAAUAUGACUGAAGGCAACUGAACACUUAACAUUUACAAUACAUGUAACAGAAGCGCUGUUUAAAGAAGGCAAGAAUGACAGAUACUCUUUUGAUGUUUGUUUUCAAGAUGUCAGAUGAAUUGCUUUGAUUUGCAAUCACAGAUCUCUUUUGGUGCUGCAUUUAAAUACUUUAAAUACUUCAAAGUACAUUCAAGUUUCAAAAUCAUACUGAUCUCUUUUUGAGAAGGACAUAGCUUUCAUUUUUUCUAUUAUUUUCAGUUCAAAACACUGUAUGUGGUAUCUACUGUCAUAGGCAUUAUAAUAACAUUUCCCUUGACAUGUUGGACUUGUGUUGUAGAUUUCUGCUGUAUUACUCCUCACAGAGGGACUUAUUCUAUUAUUGUAUUACAU